GAGAGCAGGCAGAGGGUCGAAGAACCGGCAGGAGAGGAAAAACAGGAGCGGUGAAUCGCCACACAGCCAACAGCAGACGGAGACCAGAAAACUCUCAGGCAAAACCCGUACUCAGGAACGGAAGGCUGUAGUGUUUACCGGGGCAGAGACGAGAAGAGAAGAGAAGAGAAGAUCAGAGGCAAGCCGAGUGCUUGGUGAUGUGGAGCAGCUGGGAAGACCAGUGACUGCUGCCCAGAUGGGAAAGAGACACAACAUGAAAGCAAGCACAGGUUUGGUGGAAAUCAUAGGGUUGACAGAAAAAUUUACAUUUAAUCCGAAAGAGGGAAUAGACAACCCAGUGAUGGUGAUCACAGAAGACUUUGUGUCGACGCCCAGCCCUCGUUUGUGUGUCCUUAAACGGGAGGAAGGGGAGUCCUAUGCCUUCCAUCUGCGGGUGGAGAGGGGGUGCCAGGGUCAUGUAAUCAGAAAUGUAGUGUCAGGAGGCAUAGCGGCGUGCAGUGGCCUUAAAGAUGGAGACAGGCUUCUGGGAGUCAACAACUGCUAUGUUGAUGAUGUCCCUCACCCUGAGGUGGCUAAGAUGAUAAAGCAAAGUGGACACCAGUUAUGUUUAUUAGUGUUGGAUGGUGAGGAGUAUGAGCAGGCCAUGUCCCGAGGUCAAGACCUCCGAGGUCUGGCCAGAGGGAAGGGCUGCAAACCACCCAGACUCUGCCACAUUACCAGGGAUCCUGUCUCAGGUCUGGGCAUCAACUUCACACCCAUAGAAGGAGGGAAAGGUCGCUUCUCUGUGAACCUGGUUAAAGGAGGUGCGGCUGAAAAGGCCGGGGUGUGUAAGGGAGAUCACCUGGUGUGGAUGAAUGGUGCAGCAGUGUCCAAUCUCACACACUCUGCACUCAGCAGAAUGGUACAAAGUUUGCCUGUUUUAUUAUCAGCAUUUUUUUUAAAAGUUAAGUCACGACAAUUUGGCCACAUUUUAUCGUGCUGUUGUUUGUUUCAAACCUUUUGAAACUUUUAUGGCCUACAAAAGAGGUUUUCAAUUACAAUAUUGACAGCCCAGUCGCAAGUAGAAAAUGUUGGCAUUAUACAUUCUGCAAGCCAUGAAUACAUUACAUUUGCACGUUUCAUACGCAUCAUAUCAAAGUUUCAAAGGUGACAUGGUAUAUGAGCUGAUCUGUCAUCAGAAGAUGGAGGGAGUGUCACUAGGUAAGAGGCCUAGGUGUUUUGUA